AGCAGGAACUUGCGCUUACGGAAGUGUGUGUCAUGUGAUAUAUACACAAGGCGACGCAGAAAGCGUCAAUAAAGGCCCAAAUAAAGGGAGAGACACACACACGCUAGUAUUGACCAUGGCAGAUGAUUUGAAGAGGUACUUGUACAAACAGCUGCCAACGGUUGAAGGCCUCCAUGCAAUAGUAGUAACAGACAGGGAUGGAGUUCCUGUAAUCAAAGUUGCCAAUGACAAUGCUCCAGAGUAUGCUCUACGACCAGGCUUUCUCUCAACAUUUGCACUGGCCACAGAUCAAGGCAGUAAGCUGGGCCUGUCCAAAAAUAAGAGCAUCAUUUGCUACUACAACACAUAUCAGAUUGUGCAAUUUAACCGAUUACCCUUAGUGAUCAGCUUCAUCGCAAGCAGCAGUGCCAACACAGGUUUAAUCAUCAGUUUGGAGAAGGAGCUUGUUCCACUGAUUGAGGAACUAAGACAGGUGGUUGAGGUUGCCUAGAAGACAGACAGUUACAUAACUACUGCAACAUGUACCUGGAUAUGAUCAAGACACACAUAUACAUAUGCACCUUGGACAUUGAUGUUGGCUGUGAACCUGGAUUUCAUGUCAAUUGCUCUUGAUGCUGUAUGUUUCCCUUUUGAAUGUAACACUGUCUGGUUGGAUUUUUGAUUUUUCUUCUAAUUAAUAAAUUUGUUUAUGA